AACACGAACAGCAUUACCUCAACCGUUAACUGAAUCAUCAGUCAACGCCUCAACUCUAUUACAGAGUAUUAUCAAUUCAUUACCUGCGUGAUAAUAAUGGAUGCAGAAACUUUAUUGAUAUCCAUCUCUGUUUUGUGGAUAAAGUGGCGUAAAAUUCGGCAGCCUUCGCAGCAGCGAAUUAUGCGCAGAAAGUUGUUGAAGUUAUUGACGAUGCACGAAUUUAUGGAGGCUGAAGAACACCAACGACCUCGCAGAUUUUGGGUGCGACCGAUAUUUGAAUUGGAAAGUCGACUUCGCCAGGGUGCAAGCAAUAACUUAGUUCGAGAGAUGCUGUUACAUGAUCAUGAGAAGUAUAUUACCUAUUUUCGAAUGACGCCUGAAUGUUUUGAAAAGUUGCUGGCUCUCACAGGACCCAACUUGACAAAAAAGACGGUAGUGCGUACUCCAAUCUCAGCUCGUACUCGACUCGAAAUCGUACUGCGUUAUCUGGCAUCCGGGGACAGUAUGGUAUCAAUUUCAUUUGCCUUUAGAAUCAGAAACAAUACUGCAUCUAAAAUUAUUGCUGAAGGUUGUGAAGAAAUUUGGCGAUGUUUAAAAGACACAGUAUUCUUGGUUGACAACGCAGAGAAUUGGACAUCUGUAGCAGAAGAUUUUGAAGCAAAAUGGAAUUUUCCGAAUUGUAUUGGGGCUAUUGAUGGGAAACACGUCACGCUGCAAGCUCCAGCAAAUAGUGGUUCCACAUUUUAUAACUAUAAGGGCAGUCACAGCAUAGUACUGCUGGCGUGUAGUGAUGCGCACUAUCGCUUCACAUUAGUGGAUAUUGGAGCAGAAGGUCGUCAGAGCGAUGGCGGGGUCUUCAGAAAUAGUGAGAUGGGUGGUACGUUUGAGGGAGAUCGGUUUCAACUACCUUCAUCUCGAGCUGUUAGCAGUGAUGGACCAAUCUUGCCAUAUGUUCUUGUGGCUGAUGAAGCUUUUCCGCUCACAGAAUACAUGAUGAGACCUUAUCCUCGAAGCCGUGCAUUAGAUCGGAGAAAAAAAGUCUUUAAUUACCGGCUCAGUAGGGCUCGCAGAGUGGUUGAAAGCGCAUUUGGUAUUCUUGCAGCAAAAUGGAGGAUCUUUCGUAAGCCAAUUGAGGCAUCUGUACCCACUGCUAAGAAAAUUGUGCAAGCAGCGUGUUGCCUCCAUAAUUAUAUAUUAUCGUACGAGGCAGAAACGCCUUUGCGGCCAAGAUUUUAUUCAACACUGAUGAACGGUGUGCAACCUCCCUUGGGCUUUCUGACAUCCAAUAUCUUGGACCACACACACGCAGUCGACAUGCAACACAGAUAA